AUGACUUCGCCUUGGCUUUGCAAUCAUGCGGCACCUUCACGUAAGAGCGUCUCCAAAGGGCUUGGCCCACCCCGUUGGAUGUUUGUACAGAUAAGACUGCCCCCGUUUAUGAAGCUACACAUGGCGGCUCCGUACUGCCUGUUUGGGCAACAACGGGAACCAGACGAGACAUCCCCACUCUUGAAGUACCAAGUUAUUAGCGAUAUCUUGGACGCAGCAGCGGUGAGCACGCAGCCUGACGUUCAUGCGAGUGGUCGGCCAGCAGGCAUGUGGGACACACGAACUGCUACCCAAAGUGUCGCACGAAUUUGCUUUCUGGAGCAACGCUACCAAAGUGGGACAUUUUAUACCAUGCAGUGCAAGGAAGUUGCCAGGCCCGACAUAGCCCUGCUCUUAGCUUAUUUUUCGGCUUCGGAAUCAUGCAUUCCCCCACCGCGACACGUCUUGAAGCAGCUGGCUGUAGCUCUCAACAGAAACAAAGGACAACAUACCAAGCGGGUUGCCUGCGUACUUUCCAAUCCACCACCAUAUGCUGAACCAUCGGCAGCAGAAGGCGAUCUUCAAAGUGCCAGUUAUAAACGACCCAUGUCGCCGGAAGUUGGCUCAAUUGACGAGAAUAAACGACGUCACGGCGAGUGGAGGAGACUCGAAAGGCUGAGACCCCAAAAAUGGGAUGAGGCCAUGACGCCCCCUCCUUCCCUGUUCAACGUAGACAACCCUCCCCCUUUUGCACGAAUCACAAGCAACCCUGCGAUCAAAGGGUUUUGCAAACGACCUGCACUACGCUUCAGGGAAGGAGAAGCCUUGACAGUCACCUUGACAAUACCGUGCGAUCCGUCUGGCACCCCCUCCCGCCAAAUGCCUGAGAGCCGUGAAGGGUAUGCCUGA